GCCAUGCCUGGCGCGCCGGAGCAACACCUGCCGCGAGGCUGCUCCUGCUCAACGAGCAACGACCAUCAUCGCUGCUGCAAGACAGACACAAGCACUGGCAAUCGCAGCCGCUGCACGCGGUGAGGCGCCACCGAUGGGCUUCUACGACAUCGACGAUCUGCGGCACAAGGUCGACGUCGGCUCGCGCCUCGGCACACGCUGGAGCCUGAGCACCAGCAAGCCCGGACACGGCGUCGCAGCGCUGCGCGACGACGAUCUGGAGCGCGUGUGGCAAAGCGACGGCACGCAGCCGCAUCUCGUCAACAUCCAGUUCGCACGGCGCACGGCGCUGACUCACAUCUCAAUCUACCUCGACCACCAGCGCGACGACUCGUACACGCCGCAGGUCAUCUCCGUGCGCGCCGGCACGCACUACCACGACCUCGUCGAGGUGCGGAAACGCACAUUCAACCAGCCGCAGGGCUGGCGGCACUUUGACCUCGCCAAGACGGACCUCUCGCGCGACGAGGAGGCCUCGGACCACGAAGACUCGACCAGCGAGGCAGGCUCGACGCAGCACAAGCGCGCCAGCGGCGGCCACCGCGGCGAGGUCAUCCAUGCCAAUCUCGUGCAGCUUGCGGUGCUGCACAACCACCUCAGCGGCAAGGACACGCACGUGCGCGGCCUCAAGGUGUGGGGCCCGGCGCCGACGGCCCGGCAGCCCGCGCCCACCACGCAGAAGGCGGACGCCGCGAGCCUGCUGCGCAUGCUCGAGGCCGACGACGACGCCGAUGAGGCCGCUGACGCGCCAGAGCCAGCAAGAGCGGGCCUCGUGGACCCGCUCAUGGAGCGUGCGAUGCGCAUGAUGCGGUAGCACUGCGGCAGGCUGGGCGCGCCGGCCUGCCAGGCCGUCACUCGACAUCACUCCCUCGCUGCUGGUCUCUAAUACAUUGAUCACCAC